AUGUCUAUGGGAAAUCCUGAACCAGCUGUGGAGGAUCCGACAGGCAUAGAAGACGCCCACUUCAUUCAUGGGAGGAACUUCGGGAAUUUCCAGCGUGGACAGCAGAGUGGCUACAAUAGAGGACAACAAUAUCAGCAAGGAGGCCGCUCACACCCGAAUUUGUCAUAUGGGAAUCCCAACAAUGCAAUUCAACCUCCACCAGGCUUCUCGGUUACCAACGGAGUGAUAAACGAAGAGAAGAAGCCAAAUCUUGAGGAGUUGCUAAUGAAGUUCGUGGCCAAGUCCGACGAGAGGAUGGAAAAGUUGGAGUCCAAUGCUGCAGCUGUGGGAACCCAGAUGAAGAUGUUCGAGACCCAAUUGGGUCAACUGGCCAAUGCGUUUACAAAUCUACACCAACAGGGUCAGUUUCCGAGCAAUACAACUGUUAAUCCCAAGGAGCAUUGCAAGGCAAUCAAUUUGAGGAGUGGGACUACUUAUGAGGGACCCAAGAUGCCUGAGGACGAGAUCGUGUCGCCGGUUGAUGAGAAAGAAGCUGAGGAGGUUACCGUUGAGGUUUCUGGCAAAAAGAAGAAUGAAAAGCAGAAGACUACUUCGCCAGCAAUAGUGACUUUGCCGUUCCCUCACCGACAUCAGAAAGAGAAGGUGAAACAGCAGUUCUCCAAGUUUUUGGAGAUCUUCAAGAAGUUGCACAUCAAUCUUCCAUUGGUGGAGGCGUUGCAGGAGAUGCCACAAUAUGCAAAAUUCUUGAAGGACAUCAUCUCGAGAAAGAAGCGGUUGGGAGAGUUCGAGACGGUGAACCUCAAUGAGGAGUGUAGUGCGAUCUUGCAGAAGAAGCUCCCAGCCAAGCUUAAAGAUCCAGGCAGCUUCACCAUUUCCUGCAUCAUUGGAGGCCAGCAGUUUGGGAAGGCGCUUUGCGAUUUGGGGGCAAGCAUUAAUCUCAUGCCCUUAUCUAUUUUCCAGCGGUUGGCUAUUGGAGAGAUGAAGCCGACGUCGAUCGCGUUGCAGAUGGCAGAUAGGUCGGUGACGUAUCCACGGGGGAUAGUGGAAGACGUGUUGGUGAAGGUCAAUGAGUUCAUAUUCCCAGCUGACUGA